AUGGAGUGGAGAGAACAGACCAGUGUGACCUGUGAAGAUGCCUUCACCGAGGCUCAACGGUGGAUGGAGUGUAUAUAUCUGGAGAAUGGAGUCCUGCUCUGCCAUCUAAUCAACCAGCUGAAACCAGGUGUUAUUAAGAGAAUGAACAUACUGUCUACUCCAAUGGCCGGACUGGACAAUGUGAAUGUGUUUCUGAGAGCGUGUGGUACACUGGGUCUACACGAGGCUCAGCUGUUUCACCCUGGAGACCUGCAAGACCAGUGCAGCUAAAUCACAUGGCUAUCAGAGUGUGUAGAGGGCAAAAGGAGGCUGAAAAACGUUUUAAUCACCAUCUACUGGCUGGGUCGGAAGGCUCAGGUGGACCCCUUCUACUCUGGCCCUCAACUCAACCUCAAAGCAUUCGAGGGACUACUGGGCAUCGCUCUGUCCAAGGCUCUCGAAGAAACCCCCAGAGGCAGUGUGAAGGACAGUGACGUGAGCUACCCAGAGCAGGAUGAUGAACUGUUACCUCUAACCCAGUCCCGGCCACCAGGCUACAGCAGAGAGGACUCGGUAGAGAGCUUUAACUCGGUCCUGAGCUUUGACUCGGCUGAGUCGCCACGUACUCUCAGCUGUAUCUCUGACUCCAUCCUGAGGGCCGGCAGCGAGGACUCCAGCAGUGACGUGGAGGCAGAGAACUGUUUUAGGAUGAAGGCGGCGGAGGGCAGAGACUCCGGACAGAGGAACUGGGGAAACAUUCCUGCACCCUUCCAGAGGAAGAAACGGGAGGAAAAGCCAAUUAAGGGCUGCAUCCCCAGCCUUCUCACCAGAGACUUGGAGGUAAACCCAGGAUGGAUAUGGAGCAAGUCGUUGAAUGACAUCAGGCGGUUCCUGUCGGCCACGCAAGUGGUGCGCCAGGUUUCUGAGGGUGGCAUAGAGGAGCUAAGCCCCAGCGCCGUGAGCCAGGACCAGCUGCAGAGGGUCAGAGCCCGGGUCCACGAGAGUGAGGCCAAGUGGCACAACGACCUGACCAAGUGGAAGCUCUGGCGUCACAGGUCAAACUGUGACCUGCGGAGGAAGAUGCAGGAGAGGGACAACAUCGUCCUGAUGGCCAACGCAGGGGUCGGGACAUGCAGGAGCCUACAAGAGGACAGGGAAGAGGAUGAAGAGUCCCUAUGCAGCAGUAGCUACAACAAGGUCUCUCUCGCCACUUCUUUCAAGGAGGGUUCCCUAGAGCUCCGAGCCCAAACCAGAGCCCCCGCCUCGGUCAAGGAGGGUUCCCUGGAGCUCCGACCCCACACCAGAGCCCCGCUGGCCCUCAGCUCCUCCGUGGAGUCCCCCUACAGCUCCGGAGCCUCGGAACCCUUCACCACCCCCAGCCUGACCCUCCAGGACCAGGGACCCUCGGCCGGAGCCGUGCCCCAAUCAGAGCCCCUCGUCCUGGGGGAGAGGCGGCGUCACACACCGGUGGAGCCAGACGGAGCUGGAGGUUUAGGCGCUUUCCCCGACUCUGCCUCUCCCUUCUCCUCCCAGACCCGUGCCCAGAGCAUCUCUAGGCCAGUUCUCGUGGUCUCCACUGGACGAGACCAGACCAUCUCUAGCCCAGCUCUCGUGGUCUCCACUGGAUGAGACCAGACCAUCUCUAGCCCAGCUCUCGUGGUCUCCACUGGACGAGACCAGACCAUCUCUAGCCCAGCUCUCGUGGUCUCCACUGGACGAGACCAGACCAUCUCCAUGCUCUCAAACGGGAUCUCCACGACCUCUGACCUGGUGAACGGUACCGGCUCAAACCUAACCAACGGUACCAGCUCCCACAGCCUCUCUGCCUCCAUGGACACCCCAGGCCAAGCUCUCCUCUCUACUGUACAGUCCCUGACCUCUGUGGUAGCCCCGGGUCACGUCUCAGCUCCCCAGCGGCAGGAGCUCCAUCUCUACAGGUACAGCUCCAGGGCUCCGGGAGGAGGGACUGGGGUGUCUGCCUCUCUCCCCAGGGGAUACCGCCGGGGAGAGAGGCUCUUCGUCCUGCCUCUCUGCCGGCUUCACCCCCCGGCCGUUUGGAGCCAAGUCUUCCAGAGUGUCCUCGCUACCCAGGCUCUACAACACUGCUCCCUCACGCCCCCAGAAAAUGGUCACUAUCUCGGUGGUCGCCGUCACGGCUCAGCCCUGGGCCACAGCCAAUCAGAGCAGUGUGAACCAGGAAGUAAAUGAGGAGAGUGGGAGUCAGACCCAGCCUUCCAUCCUGAAGACCAGAGGGGGUCCUGGACCUGCCACCUGCCCCAAACCCAGCCGGAAGGGACCCUUACCCCCUUCUCUCCUGCCCAGCCUCCCUGUCUCAGCCAGAAAGAACGGAUCUGCCCAGGUACGUCACAGUGACAGUGAGUCUUACCUUGAAGCUUACCGGUCGACCACACUUUGGUUUCAACACUCACUGGGACUCGACAGGAGCACGAGUUGGAGGCAUCCAACCAGGUAGUCCUGCAGACUUGUGCCAGCUGCGUGCAGGUGAUGAGAUCGUGUCUGUUGGUGGGCACAGGGUGGCAGAGAUGAGCCACAGCCAGUGGAAGGGCACGAUGACCUCUGCCCUGCAGAAGGGCAGUCUCACCAUGGAUGUACAGCGCUAUGGUAACAACGUGUGUGGACUGCAGGUGCCGACUUGGCGGGUCAGAAGUCAGAGCCCAGAUCAGAAUCAGUAACGGGAAGCCUUACUGUGACCCCUGCUACAUCCGACUCAAGUCCCACCUUGCCACCUCCCAGUGACCAGAAUGCAUUGCAGCAGAUUGAGGAAGAGACGACAACAACACCCUCAAACACGACGGUGGAGAGCUUGACUAUGACCUCGUGUUGACCACGUAUUUAGAGCUGGUUAACCUUUUUGUAUUUUUUGGGAACAAUGCAACAAUUUAUACUAUGGCUUGUGACUCAAAUGGCUUCCUUAUUCCCUACAUAGUGCACUACCCAUAGGUAUCUAGUUAAUAGUAGUGCACUUUGUAGGGAAUAGGGGGCCAUACACUAUGUCUCUGACUAAGUUUUGGUGUUCUUCCUAGUUAAUUAACUACUGUACUUGUCCGUAGCGUUUAAUAUGCAAUCGAUGGCUAUCCACGACAAUAACUGGACACGUGGUAGUUAAGAGCUAUAGGGAGUUUUUAAAUCACAAUUGUACUUGGGAUUUGUUUGUCUUUGUUGAUGAAGUAAAUUGAUAAAUGAGGCUCUAUUAAAUGAAUCUAAUAAAUGUGAGUAUUGUAUUUGA